AUGUCUCCUUUAUCACUCUUUGUAUGCCUCUCUCUUUUCCUUAUCCUCCCUCCUCCUCCCAUUGCCUUUGCUCAAUGGGAGGACUUGAGGUACCUUCCUCAAACCCAGUUAACCAUUGAGGCACGUUUGUCGGUUGAUAAAGUCUACCUUAUAUCAUCCUGUCAUCUUGAUCUGGGGUUUGCUGACACUUUAGUGAACAUCGUCAACAGAUAUUUUGACGAGUUCUUUCCUCAGGCUAUCCAGUUGGGCCAGGAGCUUCUCCAUAUGGACAGAGAAGAGAAGCUUGUCUUUACUACUCAUUCUUAUCUGGUCUGGCUCUAUCUAAACUGUCCACUUGAAUCAGGACUCCAUUGUCCUGACGAUACUGCCAUCAGUGAUUUCAAAAAUGCUGUUACGGAUGGUAUCAUCGUCUGGCAUUCUUUCCCUUUUAAUGCUGAACCUGAGGUCUACGACAGCUCCCUAAUGGAUUUCGGGUUCCUUCUUACUGCUAAUGUCUCUGAACAGUUGGGGUUUCGCCCAGUGGCGAUGAGUCAAAGAGAUGUUCCUGGUCUCUCUCGCUCAGUGAUACCCAUCAUGAAGAAGGAAGGAGUCCAGGCGAUAACAGUUGGCGUGAAUACAGCCUGCAUGCCUCCAGCUGUACCAAGUGCUUUUGUCUGGAAAGAUGAAGAGAGUGAUUCCGAAGUUAUUGGGAUGUGGCACCCACACGGAUAUGGGAUUGAGUCUGGAUUGGGUAUUAGUCUCUCUGACAUUGUUUAUGUGCCUGGUAUGUACACAGCUCUUGCUUUUGCUAUUCGUUCCGAUAAUACUGGCCCACCCGCUUUUGCCGAAGUCGUAAAGAACUAUGACGACAUCAGAGAAAUAUUUCCCAAUGCUGAGAUUGUUGCUUCUAGUUAUAACGAGUUUGUUGAAGAACUUGUCAGUCACAAAGAUCUCCUGCCCAUUGUUACUAAGGAGAUUGGUGAUACAUGGAUUCAUGGUGCAGGGAGUGACCCGUGGAAAUCAACUCAGUUUCGACUAAUGAUGCACCUUAGGUCUGAGUGUUUAGCCGACGGAACUUGCAGUCUUCACGAUCCUCGUAUUUAUGCUUUCUCGGCUUACCUAUUGAAAUACGGCGAGCACACCUGGGGCAAAGACAUAAAGAAAUAUUUAAAGGAUAACUCCAGUUGGGACAAUUUGAAGUUUCAUUAUUUGCAGUACACCAUGCCCAACUACAUUGAUGUUGUGGAGUCUUGGACCGAACAGAGAGAAUGGGCACUGAAGUAUGCACUGGAUGCUCUAGGGGAUCACGAGCUACAUCAUAGAAUAGACUCGGCCAUUAAGGACUUGUAUUUUGAUGGUACUUUAAACAUGAAUGGUUUUCAAGAGAUACCAUGUGAUGCUCCUGUGGACGGAAGCAUAUCCCUUGCUUUUGAUAACUCUACACUUGGCUUAGCUUCUUUGGUGGAUAAAAGAGGAACAGAACACAGAGAGUAUUCCACUGGCCCAGACUCCCCCCUUGGGCAGAUUAGAUACACUACCUACACUGCUGAAGAUUAUAAGAAUUUUCUAGACAACUACCUCAUUGAUCGCUCCCUCGAUUAUGCUUACGAAGAUCUCGGUAAACCUGGUCUUGAUGAGGCCGAGACGACUCACAUCAUUGACACCGUCAGCCUCAAUUCCUGUUGGAAGAAAGAGGAAUCAAGUCAUAAAAAGAAAAGCUCUAAAAUCAAAGAUGAUGAUGAUGAUCAUGGCGAUGGUAUCAUUUACAGGCUAAGGGGCACCUUCUCACUCCCACAGAGUGUAACAGAAUAUGGUGCUUCCCAAGAAGUUGCAAUGGACAUUAAAUUACCUAAUGCUUCCAACAUGCCUUCCUCGACUGAGCCAUUGCCAAUCAAAAUAUUUGUUUACGUCAUAAACAAGACGUCAACUCGCAUACCCGAGUCUCUCUCUAUUCUAUUCAAACCCAAUCCUCAGUUGGUUUCUCCUAAAACCCUCUCCAUCAGUAAAUUAGGCCAGUAUGUGAAUGCAUUGGAUGUCAUUAAGAAUGGCAGUAAGCACGUCCAUGGUAGUGAUCAUGGUGUCAAAUAUGGUAAUCCUGUUCCACUCAGUCUCAAGUCGUGGGAUGCUCCCAUUUUAAGUGUUGGUGGUGAUAAUUAUUUCCCAGUUCCCAUGGAAGAUCCUGACGUGAAUGAAGGUUUCAGUUUCAAUUUGUUUAAUAACUUGUGGGGUACUAAUUACAUUAUGUGGUAUCCUUAUCGGAAAGGGGAGGAGUCUAGCAUGUAUCACUUUACAAUGAUGCUGCCUCCUUAUGCUAACUAA